UAUGUAUCGCAAUUGGGAUCUUUUUCUUGUUGCCUUGAUAUUGCUUAGUUGAUUUUGUAAUUCUAUAAACCGCUAAAUAUAAUAUAAAACUUUAUACAAUAAAAUAUGAGACUAUCGCAUUUGCUGAAUGCAAUGACGGCGAGAGAACCAGUUUUGCCGCGACGAAGGAACAAACUUAAAUCUUUGGCGAUUGUGACCACAGGUGCAACUAUAUUCUAUGCGGGAUUUUGUAUGUACAAAGGCAAUGAAAAAUUUUACAAGAACACUUUAAUGCCCUUAUCACGCUAUUUGCCGGCGGAAACAACUCAUAAAUUGGCCGUUCUGGCUUGUAAAUAUAAAGUAUUUCCAGCCUCGACACUUCCAGACUCACAUAAUUUGGCUGUUACAUUUUUUGAUAAAGGCAUAACGAAUCCAAUCGGCAUUGCUGCUGGUUUUGAUAAGCAAGGUGAAGCUGUAGAGGGCUUACACAAAUUAGGGUUUGGUUUCGUGGAAAUUGGUUCAGUAACCCCUGAACCGCAGCCCGGCAAUCCAGAACCACGUGUUUUUCGUUUAAUUAACGAUGAAGCUAUUAUAAAUCGUUAUGGAUUCAAUAGUGAUGGACAUCGAGUGGUGUUUGACCGCUUAAAUGAACUAAGAAAUGUGCGAGGUUUCAACGGAGUGCUGGGAGUCAACCUAGGUAAAAAUAAAACGUCGGAAUCGCCGAUUUCAGAUUACGUGAAUGGCGUAAAAGUGUUUGGUCCCAUUGCUGAUUAUUUAGUUGUUAAUGUGAGUAGUCCAAAUACUCCAGGUUUACGAGAUUUACAAGGAAAAAAGGAGUUGGAACAGUUGCUAACAGCAAUAAUUGAAGCGCGAAAUUCUUUAACGGUUAAUAAUAAAAUACCUAUAUUUUUGAAAAUUUCCCCAGAUAUUACUAAACAAGAUAUAAAUGACAUUGUUAGCGUUAUAAACAAGAAAAAAUGUUGCGUUGAGGGAUUAAUAGUUUCCAAUACAACAAUAACACGUGAUAAUUUGAAAGAAAUUGAGUUGGCUAAAGAGGUGGGUGGUUUGAGUGGCCCACCUAUACGUUCCAAAUCGACCCAAAUAAUUGCUGAAGUAUAUGCACAAACAGGCGGUAAAAUCCCCAUUAUUGGUGUCGGCGGCAUUUCAUCAGGUCAGGAUGCGUUAGAAAAGUUGGAAGCAGGAGCUUCGUAUUUGCAAUUCUAUACUGCCUUUAUAUAUGAAGGACCGCCGGUUGUGCAACGCAUUAAAAGAGAGCUAUCACAAUUGCUAGCUGAUAAAGGGUAUACGAGCGUGAAGGAUGCUGUGGGCAAAAAUUACAAAAGUUACCUUAAUAAAUGAUGUUAAAUUUAUAAAAUACGUAAAGUUUGUGCUCCUUAUCCUUUGUAUGGUAUUAAAAAUAAAAACAUCUAUAGAGAUA